AUGGACUCCCAGUUAUCUCUAAAGGUAUCAUAUUGCAGACUAGUUCAGACUGCAGGCAGCCUGGAAAUUGCGCGACUGAUGGAAGAUGACGAGGGCAAGUAUGAGUGUACAGCCACAAACUCGCAUGGCACACGCAUCUCCCCAGGAGAAAAUCUCAUGGUGCGAGAGGAUAUUGAGGAGGCCCUGCAGAUUAUAGCCCUCAAAACGGACCGCUUUCGUCCACACUUCACCUCAGUCCCCGCGGCCCAACAGGUGGUGCCACCGGGUGGACAGAUUGCACUGACCUGUACUGCAGUGGGAGUUCCUGUACCCACAGUGGCGUGGUUCGAACAUGGGACCCAACUCUUCCGCAACAUGCUCGAUCGACAACCACCCGGCACUGCACGACUGUCGCUGACAAAUCUGAAGGAGUCGCGCAAUGUGUCCUGCGUGGCGGCAUCGGCCAUGGGCCAGGCGACUCAUUACGUCACUAUUGUAGUGAAGGAGCUUCCGCCAACACCUGGCGAACCGCAAGUGCUACACCAGCUUAAACCCGGUGAAGUGACCCUCGUCUUUGACAGACCACUGUCAUUCACCACUGUCACAGCUACCAAUACCAUCACAACGGCACCGGAUAUAGCCGCUUUCGUAGUGCAGUGGAUCGAGAGCCGCUACUUUCUACGUGAUUACCUCAACUCUCUCUCACCGGAUAUUGCAGCCGCUAUCCACCCAAUCGGUGGUAACAGUGUCCUCUUUUCUCCUCAUUUAUCCGCUGCGGUAGCCACCGCUGCUACCGAAGCUAGCAAUCAGACAUUUUCUGUUGUUACUGGGGAAGAAAACAUGACCAUGAAGGACAACAUGGGCUCCGCCUAUUUUGGCCUUUUGAUUUAUCUGUUGGCCAGGAAAUUUGGUACCAUUUGUGGACGUGGCUCUCUGGAAUGA